AUGGAUGUUACACCUGUACUGUACUACUUCUGUGUGGGGAUACUACUGGGUUCAGUGGGAUACUGCGUGGUUCUGUACCUGGCACCGAAGAGUCGAGUGGCCGUGAACAACAAAGCUGUCUUCAUUACAGGAUGUGACAGUGGCUUUGGAUAUCAGCUUGCAAAACGUCUGGACUCGCUGGGCUACACGGUGUUUGCCGGCUGUCUGCUGGCAGACAGUGGCGGGGAGGGGUCGAAGAAACUCCGGGCGGAGUGCUCGAGCAGGCUGAGGACUGUUCAGAUUGACGUCACUGAUGAUGGACAGGUGCAGGCCGCCGUACAACAAGUCAGAGGUCAACUGCCGACGGGGACAAAUGGACUUUACGCAUUGGUGAACAAUGCUGGUGUUUGCCAGCCAGGGUAGAUAGAGUGGGUCAGCAUCGCCGCCUACCGACGUGUGAUGGAAGUGAACACUUUCGGUGCCGUGCGGGUCACCAAGGCGUUCUUGCCGCUGAUUCGUAGGGCAAAAGGACGAGUUGUGAUGACCUCCAGUGGCUCGGGGCUCCACGCUCACCCGGCUCAGUCAGCUUACUGCAUGACCAAGGCAGCCCUGGAGUCAUUCUCGGAUUCACUUAG